UCGUAUAAGUUCUUUAUCGAUAUCAUAACCUAUCGAAAUCGUUGAAGAACCACUGUUCGAAAUGUUCAAUUGAAUUGAAGUUAGCUACAGAGCUUGUCAAAUUCUAGGAAAAAUUUCUGUUGUCGUUGUCCUUUGCCGAAAUACAUCAUUAAAGUAAUAUUAUUCUGUAAAUUAUAUAAAUUUAUAAUUUGUAAUUGAUAUUGCCACAAAUUAUAAAAUAUGGGUACUUGGCAAUUAGAAAUUUUUAAAAUGUCAUUAUAUAUGGCCUUUCCUGUAACAAUGUUUCAUUAUUUUAAUCAACCAGGAAAUUAUGAGCAUUGGGUUAAUAAGGUAAGGGAAGAAUAUUAUCCUAAAGAGAAUAAAGAACAUCGCAGACUAAUAGAAGAAAGUAUAAAAUUACAUAAUCAAAAGAUUGAAGAAAAGGAAUUGGAACUUAUGCAACAAGCUAUUAAAAAGAAUAAUCUAUGAAUUUAGAAGUACUGUACACUAUGUAGAUAUAUAUUUUUCGUCCCUUUUUUAUUAUUGUGAACUGUGUAUAUUAUGCGUAUGUACUUUGUGAUGGAAGAGAUGGUUUAUUAAAUAUCUUUAUUAAAAAUGA